AUGGCCACAGGGUCCGUGAUGCGGCCUAGCAACUUUCGCCACGACAAGCGUGGAGCUCAGGUGGUGGAGAUACGUCGAGAGGAAUAUGAACGCACCAAGCGUUCCAUCCUCAAGAAGAUUCGCCGUCGUUUGGUAAUCCUCGGAGUGAUCAUUGGUCUCCUUUCGAUCGUCGCUUUCAUUCUCGGUGGAGUCAUUCGUGGCUAUUACUCGAACAUCGUCAAAUUCCACCGAGUAUCGGGCCAUGUGACUUUGGCCAACUUGUAUUUCAUCUACGCGGCGAUCUCGUUAACUUUCAGUUUUCACGGGUUCUACGUCGAUGGCAAGUGGCGCAAGAUGCAACAAGACGGAAAUCACUUGAUCAUGCACGUGCGUACAUUUUUCAUUCUCGGGGUCGGGUCAUGGGCGAUAGCUUUAUGGCUGGGCAUUGCGACGUUAUCGGCGUUCGGGUUGGUGGAGGUGCAGUACAUCACGUCGUCCAAUGUUAAUAUCAUUUACCUCACGACACUUACCAUGGUCACCGUGCAUCUCGUUACGUCGCCUUGGCUACUGCGUACAAUCCACCGCAAGGGAUCCCAGGCUGAUGAAUUCUUUGGGGCGGAGUUCCUGUCCGAUAUCCGUCGUCCUCAGAAGAAAAAUGGUGACUACGACGACGAAGCAAGUUACUCGGACGAAGACGAAAAGGACAUCCGUGCAUCCGCUGUCCAGCCUGUCAAUGCUUCUCCUCGAGAGCAGCGAGCAGUAUCUCAGCGAAGACUUCGACGGCAAGACAGCACCAAACCUGGCCCGAACACUCACACCAUGUCUCAGCUGCAAUUGGCAAUGGAAGGAGGUGAUGACGAGGCACGUUCAGCACGUCGACAGCUAAGUGCACGUCCUGCUUCCCCUCGAAUCUCGGCCAGAGCGACGAAUACUGUCGUGGAAACAUCUCCGUCCUUAGAGCAGGGAUACCAGCAAAUUCCAUUUGCUUCCCCAGUCUUUCUAAUGAGCCCGGAUGCUAACCUACCUGCGUCUGACUUCUGGCAGCUGUGGAAGCAAACUGAGACCACUGGAGCCUUUUCGUGUACAUUUGCGAAUCAACCAUCUCGAACCGACUUGGAGCGACAUUUAGGAGCACACGGUUUCCAUGUCGUAGCUGCAGAGCAGAAGGACAGUGUGCUGCAAGUGUAUUUCUACGGAUCACAGUACGGCACCGACACAUUCUUCUUGUGCGAAUUUGUGCUUCUCUUCGCACGCAGGUUCUUCCAGGCCACGUUCAAAUGCAGGGAACGAGAAGCGGCUUCCGACUUUGUCACAAGGUUCAAUCUCCAGGAUUUACUGGUUGUCGAGGGUGAGUGAGCUAUAACGGAGCAACAAAGAGUUUAUAUACACCACAUUACCUGAUGAUUAUAACCGUGACUCAUCAAUAGCUUCAACUUGAGUGACUGAAGGUGAGUCAUCACCAGACCACCGAGAUCGGGAUUGCAGAGUGUUUUGUACAUAUACACGUACUUGUGUUCCAUCC